UUCUCAAACGUGCCGUAAGUAUUCAAUUCUAUUAUCUUGUAGGACGGCACCGUUACACGCUCCCGACUCCCGAGUUACUCUUUCUUGUUUCGGUCUUUUCUUCCUCUUCUUCUUCGCUCCGUCGGUGUACAUCUCAUACCAAUUCGGUGUUGCUAUGUUUGUUGGAUCUUUGGUGAUUGUAAAGAUGAUUUUUUUUUUUUUAUGUUACGCUAUCUUGACCGACGCAUGAUUUGGGUUUGGUGGUGGAGUUUGUGGGUCUUAAAAAAAAAAUCUGAAAAGAGGAAGGGGGAACAGUGGUUGGGUUCGAAGGAUUGGGGGUUGGGUUUGUAUGAUGGUGGUGAGGCGGUGAAUGGUGGAUCGGUUGAGGGAGGCUAGCCGAAUGUGAAAAUAAUGGCUGUGGGUGGCGGUGGUUUGGAGGAUGUGGGGCUGGGUAUUGGUUGUCGGUGGCUCAAGGAUGAGGAUGGGUUGGUGAAGGUUGUGGGGUUGUCUUCAAUCCGUGUACGUGCAACUCCAUAUGCACUAUUGAUGAUGAAUAAUUUAAUGAUAAAUAAGAACUUGUUGUAAUCCUAUGUUUUCUUUCUUCUUUAUAUAUACUAUUACUCAUUGUAGUACCAUUGCUCUUAUUUUUUAAGUAUAAUUUCUUUGCGUAUGCUGCAACUAGAAUUUCAUUUUUCUUCAUAUUCAGGAUAAUACAUACUGAAUAUUCAUUGAUGUGAUAUCUUAAAUUGCUUGUGUUUGCUUAUGCUUUCAUGUAGUUAUUUUAAUUUACAUAGUAUGGAUUGACUUCUUUAGUUAUUGUUGUGAUUCAUGGUUCUGUUUGGAUGUUAAAAUUGUCAUUUUUAUUUUAAUAAUAGAAUUUGAGUAUUUUGUGGAGUUGAUUCAUGGUCUACUUGGAAGUUAAAAAUUAACAGGCUAACGGGCCGGGCCGGGCCAUUUGUUUUUUUUAUAAAUGGGCCAAGACAGGCUAACAGUUAGACUCAUAUUAUGCUAUCGGGCCGGGCCAAAUUGAAAUUUUUUGACAUAGGCUUGGGCUGUACGGGACAAAGUUCGGUCCAGCCCAGCCCACUUUCACCCCUAAAUGUAUGGCACUGGGAUGAAGAAGCAAAGCGGUUCCAGACUUCCAGUCUCACACUGUUUUUUUUUUUUUAUAAGAAAAAUAUAAAAUAAAAUAAAGGAAGCCCAUGAGACUGGCUUUGAAAACAGCGACUAGCCUUGUUGUGCUACUUCCCAGACCGAAGCUGAGUUGUUUGUCACUGACACGAACCGUCGUUGUUCCUCUCCACUCUCACCGUCCCGCCAAAACCCUUGUACGAACCACAACGCCGUCGUUUCAGAGUUGCGUAUGCGCACCAAUGUCUACGCAGCAGGUUUUCCAUGUUCGUGACAAGAUUGAACUCUCCGACACCGAGAAGAGCAUCUUCGAUAGGCUUCUCGCCACUCUUCGUCACUUCCAACUCCAAACUCAGCUCCGAGUCGCCGGUGGCUGGGUUCGCGACAAGCUUCUGGGAAAAGAUUGUUACGAUAUUGAUAUCGCUCUUGACAAUAUGAUGGGUGCUGAGUUUGUGUAUAAGGUCAAGGAGUACUUGUUGUCCAUUGGGGAAGAUGUACAGGGAGUUUGUGUUAUUGAGUGUAACCCUGACCAGUCCAAACAUUUGGAAACAGCCAGGAUGCGUUUGUUUGAUACAUGGAUUGAUUUUGUUAACCUAAGAAGUGAAGAGUACACUGAGAACAGCCGCAUUCCUUCUAAGCAAAGAUUUGGCACAGCUGAAGAGGAUGCAUAUAGGAGGGAUUUGACAAUUAACAGCUUAUUCUACAAUAUCAACACUGACUUAGUUGAAGAUUUCACUAAGAGAGGGAUCUCAGACCUUAAGUCUGGAAAGAUAGUGACUCCUUUACCUCCAAAGGCCACAUUUCUUGAUGAUCCAUUACGAGUUCUUCGAGCCAUUCGAUUUGGUGCAAGAUUUGGAUUUACUCUAGAUGAAGAUCUGAAAGGAGCUGCUGCAUGUGAUGAUGUGAAAGAUGCUCUAGCUGCUAAAAUAAGCAGAGAGCGCAUUGGAACAGAGAUUGAUCUUAUGAUAUCUGGAAAUCAACCUGUCAAAGCAAUGACUUAUAUUUGUGAGCUGACAAUAUUUUGGAUUGUGUUCAGUCUUCCUCCUGAGUUUGAACCUGCCAUUUCAGAUGGAUGCGAAAGGCUUUGCAUUUCUUUCUUGGAUACUGCAUGGAAUCUUGCCCAUUUACUUGGAGAUUCAACCUUUACUGCUGAACAAAGAAGGUUAACGCUUUAUGCUGCUUUGUUUCUCCCACUUAGAAAUAUCACUUACACAGAAAAGAAAGCUAAGAAGAUUCCUGUUGUCAAUCAUAUUAUCCGCGAGGCUCUCAAGCGAAAAGCUAAGGAUGCAGAAAUGGUGCUUGAUUUACACAGAGCAUCAUAUAAAUUCUUGUCAUUGAUUCCUUGUCUUUCAUCUGCUGAGGAUGUCCAAAUUGUUGAUCUUGAUUGGAUGACCGACUUGAUUGAUGUUCCCGUCUCUUCUAGAGUCCGGGUAUUAACAGGGUUUCUCUUAAGAGAGCUUAGAGAUUUUUGGCGUGUUGCACUGUUGAUAUCUACAAUAUUACAUCCCAUUGACAUUAACAGCAUUGAGGAUGAGCCUUCUCAGUUGGGCAAACGAAGAGAUCUAUUUAAUACUGUGGAGAAUUCUAUAAUCAAAUUAGGCCUUGAGAAAGUAUGGGACCUAAAACAAUUGAUCAAUGGCAAAGAUGUUAUGAAUGCCCUACAGCUUAAAGGUGGACCACUCGUUAAGGAGUGGCUGGAUAAGGCAAUGGCUUGGCAACUUGCUCAUCCAUCCGGAACUACAGAGGAAUGCAUUGAAUGGUUGAGACAAACCAAUUCUAAGCGCAUAAAGUUGGAGUGAGGUUGAUUGCCUUGAAUCUUGAUCACUUGUCCAUUCCUUUUCCAUGUUAUGGAAAUAAUUGAGAGCACAUGUGCCUUGGAUGGAGGAAGCUUAGCCACCUGGCUGUGUGGUGUAGAUGAUAACAGUAGUACUUCAAACACCCUUCGCUUGAAGUUGCGCCGCUCCCAACUUUAUAAAGCCUGGGGAAGUAUUAUUUAUUUACCUCUUUUCCCAUACUUGUGAAAGAAGAAAGGAUGAGAAUAGAGAUACCGUGGCCUAUUUUUGUUUAAUGAUAGUCUUGUACUCUUAAGUACCUCACAUUCCCUCCCCCCCCCCCCCCCCCCCAAAAAAAAAAAAAAACUAUAAACAUAUUGGCAGGUUAACCCGCAAACCUAUGGGCUAAUUUAGACUGAGCUCAUGUUGACUUUUUCUUUGACGCGUUCAAAACACGAGCCAACACGGUCCGAGUCGUUUACUCACUAAGGAAUGGAACGAUGCAGAUUGGGUUGGUCCGUUACUCCCUCUAUUAUAUAUU